AUGUUGGAGAACAGGCUGCAGGAGCGCUCUGUACCCUUUAAGCCCACACUAGUCUUCCCUGAAGUUGUUGUUACGACAUGUGAAUUACACACUCAGUGAAAAGCAACAACUGUAUUUUAUGUCCAAAUAAGGAAAAAAGUAACGUGACAAGUGACGCAUUUAUCGUAACAGUUGUGUACAGUUCAAAUAAUUUCAAUUGCUUGAAAGACGUACCUGGAAAGCUUAUAAGAACAGUUACUGAACCUGCGGCAUCCGCUGCUGAAGGUCGUGGUUUGAAUGAGGCCGUUGAAGGAGAGGAGAGCACGUUUACUGUGACUACAAAUGAUAUCAAGGGCCAAGUAGUUUAUAGCGAAAUUGAUCAGGUCAAUGUUGAAAUAAUCUCCAUCAGCACUUAA